AGUGGAAGCGCUAGGAUCUCGAGCGCCGCGUCGAAGCGCAGCGACAUUUUCAGCUCAUUUCAUUUCCUCUUCAUCUACAGGCCCAAAUAGGACUGUCUGAUCUCAAACCCACAACAGCUGCAUGCUCGGAACAAACCGGAGCCUAAACCCUCAGGAGAGAAGCAGACGCUCAUGCGCGAUAUUCGCUGGCUCUGAUGGUUCUCGUCUGACACUCGGAGACUCCAGCAUCCGUCCUCAGCAUGUCUGCUCUACAGGCCUCGUGGACGCCGGGCUCCGAGUGUGUGGCCAAGUAUAAUUUCCAGGGCAGCACAGAGCAGGACCUGCCCUUCUGCAAAGGAGACCUGCUGACCAUCAUCGGCGUAACCAAGGACCCAAACUGGUACAAAGCGAAGAACUCUGUUGGCCGAGAGGGAAUGAUUCCAGCAAACUACGUCCAGAAGAGAGAAGGAGUCAAGUCCGGAGGAAAGCUCAGUCUGAUGCCAUGGUUUCACGGUAAGAUCACGCGUGAGCAGGCGGAGCGGCUGCUGUAUCCGCCGGAGACGGGGCUGUUCCUGGUGCGCGAGAGCACGAAUUACCCCGGAGACUACACGCUGUGUGUGAGCUGCGACAGCAAGGUGGAGCACUACCGCAUCAUCUAUCACAGCGGCAAACUGUCCAUCGAUGAGGAGGAGUACUUCGACAACCUCAUGCAGCUGGUGGAGCAUUACACCAAAGACGCUGACGGUCUUUGCACGCGGCUCAUCAAACCCAAGCUGAUGGAGGGAACAGUGGCGGCGCAGGACGAGUUCUCCAGGAGUGGAUGGGCCAUGAACAGGAAAGAUCUCAAACUCAUACAGACCAUCGGCAAAGGAGAGUUCGGAGAUGUGAUGGUGGGAGAUUACCGAGGGACGAAGGUGGCGGUGAAGUGCAUCAAACACGACGCCACGGCUCAGGCCUUCCUCGCUGAAGCUUCAGUCAUGACUCAGCUGAGACACACUAACCUGGUGCAGUUAUUAGGGGUGAUCGUGGAGGAACGAGGCAGUUUGUUCAUCGUGACUGAAUACAUGGCCAAGGGCAGUCUGGUGGAUUACCUGCGCUCUCGGGGCCGGACCGUGUUGGGCGGCGAGUGUCUGCUCAAGUUUUCUCUUGACGUCUGCGAGGCUAUGGAGUAUCUGGAGGCCAAUAACUUCGUGCACAGAGAUCUGGCGGCUCGUAAUGUUCUGGUGUCCGAUGAUAACAUCGCCAAAGUCAGCGACUUCGGACUGACCAAAGAGGCAUCGUCCACUCAGGACACGGCCAAGCUGCCCGUCAAGUGGACCUCGCCCGAGGCGCUGCGAGAGAAGAAGUUUUCCACUAAAUCUGACGUGUGGAGUUACGGCGUUCUGCUGUGGGAGAUUUACUCUUUCGGCCGGGUCCCGUACCCCAGAAUUCCGCUGAAGGAGGUGGUGCCGCGGGUGGAGAAGGGCUAUAAGAUGGAGGCUCCUGACGGCUGUCCGGCCGCCGUCUAUGACCUGAUGAAGCAGUGCUGGACGCUGGACGCCGCCGGACGCCCCUCGUUCCGUCUGCUGCGUGAGAAGCUGCAGCACAUCAGAGCCAAAGAGCUGCACCUGUGAGGAACAUCACUAACAAGCUCACGGUGCUCCUCACUCUCUGGACUGUUGAUCUGGACGCUCUCUCGUGACCGGAGGAACACACUGACGUGUGUGUGUGUGUGUGUGUGUGUGUGUGUGUGUGUGUGUGUGUGUGUGUGUGUGUGUGUGUGUCUUCUCCUUUGGUUCUCCGUUCUGCUCGUGGCAUCAGUGAGGAAGGCUGGUCUUUUCCUCCGCUGCUGUCUCGUGAAAACACGCAAGUCAUGUUUCACACCAAAAUCAAAAUAAAAAAACUUAAAGUUGUGUUUUGCAUUAAAAAUAACAAAGCCUGUUUGUCAGAACAUUAAGUGUUUUUGGAAUCAAUAACAAGUUUGUUUUUUUUUCUUUAUUUUCAGUAUAAUAAUGGGAUAUGUCCGGAUUGUCUUUUGUAGUUCUCAUUAUUCUCGAUGAUUACUGUAUUCUUAAUAAAAACAUUGUGUUACAAAGAUUUAAAUUAAGUUUCAAAUAGCAUAAAAUAUUAGUAAAAAAUGCAAUUUUCAUGAAUUUAAUGUAAAAAUGAUUAUACAAAAUGUUUUUGUUUGUUUUUUUUUCCUUCAAAAGUAGGAACAAAAAUGUAUAAUUUUUUACAUCAUAUAAAACGAUGUAAACAAUGGUAGUAUUUUUUUUUUAUGAAAGCCUGUUUCCACCAUGAAAUAAAAAUAAUUAAAUAAAGGUAAAUUUUACUUUUAUCUCACAAUUUAGAGUUUUUUAAUUUCUUAGGAUUCUAUUUUUUUUUUUUUUUUUUUUUUUUUUUGGUCUUGGUAUAAAAAAAAAGGUAAAUGCAACUUCUUAAUCUCAAAAUUCUGACAUUUUCUUGCAGUUCUGAGAUUUCUGAGUUUCUCGCAAAUCCAAGUUUACAUCCUGCAAAUUCUGCUAAUUGCCUUUUUUUUUUUUUUUUUUUUUUUUGUUCCUGCCACAGAAAAACUUAAUCUCGCAAUUCUGAGUUCAUAUCUGAAAAAGUUCUUAAUUGCGAGAUAAACAUUUAUAGUCACUUAAUGUUUUUAAUGUUGUGGCAGAAACAAGCUUCCAGAAUUGUUUUACUUUUUGCAUUAGAGUGAAUUAAAUUUGAUUUGUUUGCAUUACAGAAAUAAGAGAUCAUUAAUUGGCAUUAUGCAAAAAAUCUGAAUGCUCCUUUUAAAGCAAGAAUUUUUUUCAUUUUGAUUUUGUGGUGAAUUCUGAGCUGCGCGUGUUCUUCAUGAGAUCCAUCGCUGUCAUUCUCUCUGUGUGUGUGUGUGUGUGUGUGUGUGUGUGUGUGUGUGUGUGUGUGUGUGUGUGUGUCGAAGUGCCUGCUGCAGUUGACGGAGCAGUGCCUGUGUUCCUCUGACAUCUUUUUAUUCUUGUCUUUUUUUUAAAUGGGUCUUUUUUUUGUAUUUUUGUAUUUGUUGAUUUGUCAUCUGUGACGAGACGGGGUUUGUGUUCACUAGCAUGAUGAGCUGGGAAACACACACACACACACACACACACAUCCCAGCUGAGCUCAUGUGUCUGCUAUCUCUCUCUCUCACACACACACACACACACACACACACACACACACACACACACACACUCCCUCUAGUGGACUGGGAGGGUCAGUCCAUCACAACUGUUUUAUAUUAAAAUCUAUUUAAGAAGUGAGCGUCAGUUGGACUCAUGCAUGCUCAGAGAGGCCUUGAGUAACGUGUCAGUGCUUUCAGUGUUCAUUGUUUUAAUAUUCUUCCAUGAUUAUGAAUAAAUCAUUCCAUCUGACCAGCA